CUGAGCCCUGGCCACCACUGCCUGGGUGGCUUUUAAUUCAGGGCUAAAUACAGUGAGUAGGAGGUUCUGAAAGAGAGGACAGAUAAAACUUAUGUUUAGGUACUACCUCCAUAUCUCUUCUCUUGACACUUCAGCUAUCUUGACCUCAAAGCUCUUCCCUACCUUAUAUGAAUUCUCUUUGCUGAAUCUUCUCCUGUGGUAAGACUUACCAAAACAUCCUAACAGUGUUCAUCACAUUUCCACAAGCACAUUGGGCAGUAAUCACAAUUUGGGUCUCAAAAUCCAAUCACCAGUGAGUGCUGCAAGGGAACUCAUUCCCAGGAUUUCUCAGUCGUGUUGUCUUCUUGAGACUGUGUGUGGAGUCAACCAGUCAUGGAUAAAGGAAGACGUGAAGUCAAUCCCAGUGCACCGGCACGGAGUACCAAAAGGAAGGCAGAUGAAUACUUAAAACCCAAACUAAGCUCCAAAAAUGUGCUGAGUUUUUUGCUCGGUAGACAACUAGGGAGGCAUGAAAGUGAUGUGGAUCUGUCAAAGUGGCUGUUGAUGUUGCAACGAGCAAAACCUGGGUGGGGUUGGCCUUUUCCCAAACACCAUGUGGCUUACAUGCUUAUGCCUGCCCAGAAUCUUGGAAAACCCAGAAAAAGGGGUGUAGAAUAAAAAGUCUUCCUUGUUUCAGCUAUUGACAUAGAAGCUGUAUUUUCACUUCUUUCGGUUCAAUGUGUUUUCUGAUGUAGCCUUCUUGAGUUGCACUGGAAGAGAUCCUAUUAUCCAUUCUAACAUUCCACACAGAAAUUUUCAAACUCAAGGGGAUGGUGAGGUCACUCUCCACAUCACAUCUUUUCCACUAUUAAUCUGUAGAAUAAAUGUGAAGGCAUAGCUCUGUGGUGUUUGGUGACUCGGAACCAAAUGCUCUUCCCCCAAGCCAUUUUAGAAGGCCAUACAUUAUGUUUCACUCUAAAAUCUGCUUGUCUCAGUGAGCAGGCCAUGAGCUGGGUAGGAGGUUUCAAAUACUUUUUCAUUAUGAUUCUCAUGAGGGCAUAAUUUACAAACUAAAGCAUUGUGUCUUUUUUUGGUUCUAUUUAAUAUGAAAAAUCAAAGCAUUGACUGUUGGAAAUGUUAUACCUCGAGAGUCUUGUAAAGAUUAUUGUUCUUCUCAUUGUUCCCAAAGAACUGGAAUCCCCAGGUGCUUCUUCCCCACUGUACCAUGUGAAAUAAAUUUGUUGAGAUCACA